AUGCAACUUAUAUACUACCUGCCUGCCUACCUGCCUGCCUACCUGCCUGCCUACCUGCCUGCCGGCCUGCCUACCUACCUGCCUACCUACCUGCCUGCCGGCCUGCCUGCCUGCCUGCCUGCCUGCCUGCCUGCCUGCCUGCCUGCCUGCCUGCCUGCCUGCCUGCCGGCCUGCCUGCCUGCCUGCCUGCCUGCCUACCUGCCUGCCGGCCUGCCUACCUACCUGCCUACCUACCUGCCUGCCGGCCUGCCUGCCUGCCUGCCUGCCUGCCUGCCUGCCUGCCUGCCUGCCAUGGGCCACGAUAUUGCAAAGCGCUCAGUUGUAGUAGCUUGUAAAGCCGCUAGUAUUAGCUCCGCUAUAAUUACAGAGAUUGUGGGCUUUUCGAAACGUUCGGUUGACCGUACCUAUGAAAAAGCUCUUAAUAAGGGCUUUGAUCCUAGCUUACGUCCCUAG